GGCGAACGAGGUGACUCGCCGUCGAGAUGCACCAGGUGCCCUACGGACGUAGCGGCACCUCGAGCGAAGGCCGAAACGAUAGGAUCUUCUGGGAGCAGAAGCAGCAGCAGCAGCAGCAGCAACAGCAACAGCAACAGUCCGAGUGCACCAGGCGAGUGCUGCAACAGCAGCAGGCUAGAUCUCGCGCCCGUGCCCGCGCUCGCGUACGCGCGCGCGCCCGAACGCGCCGAUUGUCGGCGGCGGCGGCGGCGGCGACGACGACGAAGACGACGACGACGACGACUACGACAAACGGAACUGUCGAUCGGACCACGACGACAACGACUACGACGACGACGAGGACGACGACGACGACAACGACGCGACAGCGAUUACGCCGGCACGACGCCGGGCCCGACGUGGACCGCGUGUCCUCGCUGCACUGUCUGGGCCCGGUGCGCACCGUCCACGGCAGCGCCUCGCCGUCGCUACCGUCCAACUUGCUGCUCAUAGGACUGGCCCUUUGUUGUCUGGCUCUGCCGGCGGUACAGCCGCGUCUCAGCGGCCACCAUCAGACGUGUCCGGGUUGCCCGCAUCAGCAGCCGCAACAGCAUCAUCAUCAUCAUCACGUGCACCACGAGGGCCCGGCGAGGGGCGGCCUGUUCAAGGACACCACCGCGCCCAGCCCGGACGAUCUCAGGCUGGAGGCGAUCAAACAUCAGAUCCUGCAAAAACUCGGCCUGAGGGCUCGCCCGGACGUUAACAGGACGUUGGCCACCGUGCCCCGGCACCUGGCCCUGGAGACCCUUUACCGGGCGGAGGCGCAAACGCCACCGCGUUAUUCCGACCGGUCGAGGGUCGACUACGAGAGUGAGUAUUCGGGCGAGUUCCUCUACGGCGGAGACGAGUACUCGUACAGAAACCUCGAUCAGGAAACCACCACCACUGAGGGUAACGCCAGGACCACCGCCAAGUCCUAUCAGGGCUACGACGACGUUCAGGAGGAGCUGGACGAUUUUUACGCUAGGACUUCGGAGAUCAUCACCUUCGCCGAACCCGGUCACACAUUAAACGGUCAACCGUUGUUGGAAUUCCCGAUGUCGAGCGGCGAACCGGCAUUGGAACCUCUAAGAAUCAAAAGGGCCACCCUGUGGGCAAGAGUCGAGCUCAAGCAUGCCCAUCACUAUCAGCAUCAUCGUCACAGUCAGAUAAACCAAAGAAAUAUCACUCUCUGGGUAUUUAGGGUGCACUGCGGUAAUACGACGCAUCUUCGAGGCAAGGAACUCGGGCAGCACCUAGAGAUGGUGACAUCUCUCGUGGUGAACGUCGGCCAGCUCGGCUGGCAGAAAUUCGACGUGACGAAGGUCGUCAGCAGAUGGUACACGACGAACUACUCGAAAGAUAAACUGACGCUGCUCGUCGAUUGCAGCGGGUGCGGCUCGCACGUCCACGUAUCGACCUUCGACGGGCACUCGCCGCACGUGAUCGAGUCGUCCCUAAAUCCGAAAGGUGAUCACGAUCCAGACAGACCGUUUCUAGUCGUGCGUACAGAUCCAGCGGCCGCGAGACGCGUUAGGAGACGAGCGAUCGAGUGCAGUGGCGCGGUGAGGGGCCAAUGCUGCAAGCAGAGGUUCUACGUCAGCUUCUCUCAGCUUGGGUGGGACGAUUGGAUUAUCGCUCCUCAGGGAUACUACGCCAAUUACUGCAGAGGAGACUGUGCGGCUGGUCACAGGACGCCGGACACGUUUCUUAACUAUUACACUCACGUGAUCGAGGAAUACCGAAAGAUGGACCGGCUGGCCGGCAUGCAGCCGUGCUGCGCGCCCCUGAAGUUCUCGCCCAUGUCGCUCAUCUACUACGGUCCGGACUCGAAUAUUAUCAAGAGAGACCUGCCAAAAAUGGUGGUGGACGAGUGCGGUUGCCCUUAAAUAAAAAAAAAAAAAAAAACAAAAAAAACGCGACAGGGAGACGAAAGAGCACGCUCGCGAGAGAAGGCUCGUCGUGCUCUGCCUUGUAGGAAAAAGAAAGAGCAGAAGAAGCAAAAGAAGUGAGACUCGCGAAAGCGUAACCCGCGAGCCUGGACUCGGUCCGACAAACAUCGGUCUCAGAAACCGUCCGAAUUCUGCGAGACUCGUACUCGCGUUAGACACGGGAAACCGGUGGUCCGCGAGCUGAGGUUUCCCGAACACGCCCGGGGGUAGGUAGACCGGUACGCAAAGGUAGUCAAAAGAACUAGGUAAUUUCGCUAGAUUUACACGCCACACGCGUCGGCGCGAUUGCGUGACCGAGCGUGACUCGAGCGUGUGGUGAUAAAAUAAAAAUUGGCCUUUCUAUAUAUGUACACACAAAAUAUAGAACGGUCGGGUACAUAGAGUAGAUCUUACCGGUUGGUAAUUUGUAAAAAAAAGAGAAAGAAAAAAGGAGACACGGUGUCUCGGUUUCAAAGCGUCGUUUACAAUAUGCAUAUAUAUAUAUAUAUAUAUAUAUUAUAUAUAUUUAUCUAUAUCUUUCUGGUUAAUUUGUACGCGAUCGUAAAAAGCAAAGAAGAGACAUGCGAGAGAGUAUUCAAGGAGUUGGUAUUCUUACCCAAGAGCUUAGUCUUUCUUUAUUAGUUGCGUGAUAAAAAUGAGAGAAAGAGAGAAAGAAUGAGCGAGAAUGAGAGAAUAAUUAAAACGAUUGAAAGUAAAAAAUGUGACUUUUAUGGUUAUACAUAUAUAAAUAUAUAAAAUGUAUAUAUUAUAUAAAUAUAAAUAUAUAUAUAUACAUUCUCGGACGCAUACACACGACGUGAUUCAAUUGAAAUAUAGAAAUAUUCGCGUUCGGGCGCGCGCGCGCAUUAAGUAUAAAGACGAGAAAAAAACUCAAUCUCUCUAAUUGCCUUGUUUUUUGAUGAAAGUAUCGAAAGUAACGGUUUAAAAAAUAAUAAAAAUGCUAUUUAAAAGUCUAAAAAUAUACAUAUAUAUAUAUAUUAUAAAUAUAUAAUAAACACGUACGCACGCACGCAUACGCAGCCAUAUACACCGACACACCUAUACGCAUAAGUACACGUAAAAUCCAGCGUGCCGGGGUCGAGGGUUGGAAACGUGAGAAAGAGAGAGGAAGACAGGCGGGGUGUAAAGAACCCAAAGUUCAAAAGAUAAAGAAAAAUUGUUAUUAUUAAUUAGAUUAGUAAGCAGUAAGGUUGGCCCCAAGGACUUACGAUUGUAAGGGGUAUUGCGUGUGCGUGUAUAUUUCGACGAUUUUACAGGCAGACACACCAACAAUUCGAUAAUUCGCAAAAUGCAAAAAUAUAUGACAAUACUCGCUUGAUCUUGUACCGUAGCGUAAAGAAUUUUUGCAGUUUAUAUAUCUUAAUCCGAAUGAAAAAAAAAGUACUACCACCGAUAUAACGAGCCUGCUGGAAUUCGUGCGCUGAAAAUACACGUCUGAAUUGCGAGCUACGUUUCUAACGGCAAGAUCGUCAAAAGAAUUAGGAAACGAUAGGAACUGAAAAUUACGGUAGGAGAAAAAGUGAUAUAGGCAUGGAUUAAUUGGGAGAAAAACGAGACAAUAAACGAGAGACAAGAGGGAAAGGGGAGAAGAGAGAAAGAUGCCUUGAACAUGGGACGAUAAUUUUCGGGUGAUGGCACGCAUUCUUUUUUCUCGGAGCAAUCUAUCGGACGCGUUUUCGAGAUGCGUUCGCGUAAUUUAUUGUUUCGACGGGCGCGAUUAGAGAAAAAAAAGAAGCUUAAAGAAACACAAAUGAAAUUUUUUUCGUGGGAAUGUCACGUUCAACCCACGCAGCCUUACUGGGCCUUAUUAAGGUAUUGUUGUACUAUUACUAAAUUACUAUCAACAUAAAAGAUAAAGCUUAAGAUAAACAUUGCGGAGGAACAACAACGGCGAUUGUAGCGUGAAAAAACAACGGGUAUGAACAGCGCAAUAACGUAUUAUUGUAUUUACUCGAUCGGCGAUGUAAAGCAAAUUGCGAUUGGCGAAGAACGGAUGUGUGUGACUAUAACGGGUCGUGAGAGAGUGGUGAGGAAGAGAAAGAUGCGAGGGUUGCAAUCUGCCCGUGAAAGGGUUCGAAGGUAAAGAAUGGAAAAGAAAAAGGUAGAAUCAUGUUGCCGAACUGUCCAUUUCCUCGGUGCGAUUUCGACUGAUCCUUUUUUUUCCUCAAAUUGCCGGAGCAUAGGUAUGCAAUGGUAUGUAAUGGAGUGUGCACGUGCGAGAAAGGUGGAAAAAAAAAGAAACAAGUCUGUGUGCGGGUGUGUAUGCGCGUAGAGAGAGAAAAUUAUUAAUACAACUAAAUACGUUCCGCCGUUCAACUAGAAAAAAAAAAGAACUACUUGCGUCCAUGGUGCAGUUUACGGAUGACUUUAAGCAAACGUAUUUUCUAGCACUGUUAAGGAACAUUUCUUCGAAUUCUUCUACUUCUUCAUCUUCUACUAUUAUACUACUAGUACUACUAUUACUUCUUUUUUCUACUUAAUUCCUUUUGAAGGAAAAAGCUAUAAGUGCGUACAAGUCUCGAUAAAGAAAAAAAAGCCUUUAACAAGCUCAAGGAGUGCGUUUAUUACGACCAUUGUACCGA